GCGCCGCUGGCCGGGCCGUGCCCGCGGACGGCUGGGCCCGGCUCCUCCCGGCGGGCGGGCCGAGGCGGUGCCGGCCCCGGUGUGGACUUCCCAAGUCACCCAUUCGUGGGAGCGGCUGACGGACGGGAUUAUUUUAGGAAGAAAACAGACUGGGAAAAAAAUGAAGUUCCAUGUCUUCGUAUUUGUUGGUGUUGUUCACCUUUUAUCCCUGAACUCUGGGAAAGCUGUAUAUGGGAAUGGCAUCUCUCAGAGGACUUUUCAAGAAAUAAAAGAAGAAAUAGCCUGCUAUGGAGAUGUUGCUAAAGCAAUCAUCAACCUUGCUGUUUAUGGUAAAGCCCAGAACAGAUCCUAUGAGCGAUUGGCACUUCUGGUUGAUACUGUUGGACCCAGACUCAGUGGUUCUAAGAGCCUAGAAAAAGCCAUCCAAAUCAUGCACCAAAACCUGCAGGAAGAUGGGCUGGAGAAUGUCCACCUGGAGCCUGUCAAAAUACCCCACUGGGAAAGGGGAGAAGAAUCUGCUGUGAUGCUGGAGCCGAGAAUUCACAAGAUGGCAGUUUUGGGUCUUGGCAGCAGCAUUGGGACGCCCCCAGAAGGCAUUACAGCAGAAGUUCUGGUGGUGACCUCUUUCGAAGAACUGCAGAGAAGGGCCCCAGAAGCAAGGGGGAAGAUUGUCGUUUACAAUCAACCUUAUACCAACUACUCGAGGGCAGUGCAAUACCGCGUCCAGGGGGCGGUGGAAGCUGCCAAAGUGGGGGCUUUGGCAUCCCUCAUUCGAUCGGUGGCUUCCUUCUCCAUCUACAGCCCUCACACAGGUAUUCAGGAAUACCAGGAUGGUGUGCCAAAGAUCCCAACAGCUUGUAUUACGGUGGAAGAUGCAGAGAUGAUGUCAAGAAUGGCUUCUCGUGGGAGCAGAAUUGUCAUUCAGCUGAAGAUGGGGGCAAAGAACUACCCAGAUGCUGAUUCCUUCAACACUGUAGCAGAGAUCAUUGGUAGCAAGUAUCCGGAGCAGGUUGUACUGGUCAGUGGACAUCUGGACAGCUGGGAUGUCGGGCAGGGUGCGAUGGAUGAUGGUGGAGGAGCCUUUAUAUCAUGGGAAGCACUGUCGCUUAUUAAAGAUCUUGGGCUGCGUCCAAAGAGGACUCUGCGUUUGGUGCUCUGGACUGCAGAGGAGCAAGGUGGAAUCGGUGCCUUGCAGUAUUACCAAUUACACAAGGCAAAUAUUUCCAACUACAGCCUCGUGAUGGAGUCUGACCUGGGGACCUUCUUACCCUCUGGGCUGCAGUUCACUGGCAGUGACAAGGCCAGGGCCAUCGUGGAGGAGGUCAUGUGCCUGCUGCAGCCCAUCAAUGUCACACAGGUCUUUAGAGCUGGAGAAGGGACAGACAUUAACUUCUGGAUCCAAGCUGGAGUACCUGGAGCCAGUCUACUUGAUGACCUAUAUAAAUAUUUCUCCUUCCAUCACUCCCAUGGAGACACCAUGACUGUCAUGGAUCCAAAGCAGAUGAAUGUUGCUGCUGCUGUUUGGGCUGUUGUCUCUUAUGUCAUUGCAGACAUGGAAGAAAUGCUGCCCAGGUCUUAGCAAGAACAAGAGAGAAGGCACUUUUGUCCUUUCUGCCCAGGAAUCCUGCGUCUGCAGCUUCAAGAAGCCCCGCUUCACCUAACAAUUUUAUGUGAUCAUUUACAAAGCACAACACUUUUUUAUACUUUCUGAUAUCAUCUUUCUUGAUACUUUCCAAAUUCUCUGUUCCUAGUGUAAGGAAUGAGCCCCACCCCCACAAAGAAUCAGCCAAUGGUAGGGAUCACAGUGGGGGAAUUUCUUUACACCACAUAUUAAAAAUACUGUUUCUACUUUGAAAGUAAAUACUGGAUAAAACUUUGGAAGACCUCUGGCUUUUAUGCAUGUAUUUACAAACAUUAAAUACAGUCACACCAAUAUUUUGUAAAGUUAUUCAUUGAAGGAGUAGAGGAGUACACAAUUGUAGUACAGUCUUAAUUGAAUGUAUGGAGGCAUUUGGCUUUCUAAUUUGUACAUUUUUAUAUUAUUAGAAUUUUUAAAUGAGGUUAAAAUUUUUUAAUUCACAGAAAAAAGUCACCAUUUGGGGAAAAAAUCAAGUAUGUAAAAUCCAGUUGCCUUAUUAAAGAUCUAUCACCAAACAAA